AUGGCUGCCCUGGCACAGACCCCGCAGUCGAGCACCACGGCACUGCCGGCCCUCGACGGAGCCCUCAAGGACGGCCCCAGCAACGCUGCCGUCGCGUCCCAGGACCCCCUGAGGAUCGUCACUACGGUCGCCACCCAGCUCGAGUCGGCCCUCAGCACGGGCGACUUUGACGCUGCCGUCCAGCUCUUUGACGACGAGGGCUACUGGAAGGACCAGAUCGCCCUCCACUGGGACUUCAAGACCGUCCAGGGCCAUGCCAAGAUUGGCUCCUUCCUCGGCGACAACGGCGCCCGCGCGCGUACGCUCAACAACAUCCAGGUCGAGAAGCCCUCGGCGCAGUUCACGGCAGGCAUCAAGGGCGAGCAGCUCGUCAUGGCCUUCUUCACCUUUGACACCGACGUCGGCAAGGGCCGCGGCGUGUUCCGCCUGAGAAAGUCCAAGAAUGGCUCCUGGAGGAUUUUCGCCCUCUACACGACACUGCAAGAGAUUCGAGGCCACGAGCCCAAGCUCGGCGAGCGACGUGCUCUUGGCGUCGAACAUGGCCAGCACGUCGGCCGCAAGUCGUGGAAGGACCGCCGCGCCGAGGAGAAGGAGUACAUCGACAGGUCGCCCGAGGUCCUCAUCGUCGGCGCGGGCCAGGCCGGCCUGUCAGCCUCGGCGCGCCUCAAGCACCUCGGCGUCGAUGCCCUCAUGAUCGACGCCAACAAGCGGGUCGGCGACAACUGGCGCAAACGGUAUGACUUCCUAGUCCUCCAUGAUCCUAUUUGGUACGAUCACCUUCCGCUGCUCAAGUUCCCGCCGAGCCACCCGGUGUAUACGCCCAAGGACAAGCUGGCGGACUGGUUCGAGUUUUACGCGUCGACCCUGGAGCUCAACCACUGGAUGGAGACGACGAUUGUCAAGGACAGCGUGGCGUACGACGAGGCCAAGAAGCAGUGGACGGUGACGGUGCGGCGCAACACGCCCGACGGCGUCCAGGAGCGGACGCUGCACCCGGACCACAUCAUCAUGGCGACGGGCCACUCGGGCGAGCCCAACAUGCCGGCGUUCAAGGGCGCCGACGACUUCAAGGGCAGGCUGGUCCACUCGUCGCAGCACGGCAGCGGCGCCGAGUUCAAGGGCAAAAAGGCCAUCGUGAUUGGCUGCUGCAACUCGGGCCACGACAUUGCCCAGGACUUUUACGAGCAGGGCGCCGACGUGACGAUUGUGCAGCGCUCGUCGACGUACGUCAUGUCGUCGGACUCGAUCACCGAGAUCCUCUUCAAGGGCCUCUACUGCGAAGACGGCCCGCCGACCGAGGACGCCGACCUGAUGUUUGUCUCGACGCCGAAUCCUGUGCAUCAAGAGCUGCACAAGGAAAUCACGGCCAAGAUCGCCGACUUUGACAAGGACCUCCUCUCCGGUCUGAGCAACGCCGGCUUCAAGCUCGACAUGGGCUUUGACGGUUCGGGCUUCCUGAUGAAGUACUACCGCCGCGGCGGGGGCUACUACCUCGACGUGGGCGCGUCGAAGCUCAUCAUGGACGGCAAGAUCAAGAUCAAGCAGGGGCAGGAGAUUGACCACCUCGAGCCGGACGGCGUCGUCUUUGCCGACGGGCACAAGCUCGAGGCCGACGUGAUUGUCUGCGCCACGGGCUACCAGAACAUGCGCACCACGGCGCGCAAGAUUUUUGGCGACAAGGUGGCCGACCGCCUCAAGCUCGCGUGGGGCCUCGACGACGACGAGGAGCUCUCGGCCAUGUACCGCUUCAGCGGCCACCCGCGCUUCUACUACAUGGGCGGCAACCUCGCCCACUGCCGCAGCUACUCGCUCCCCCUCGCCCUCCAGAUCCAGGCACAGCAGCUCGGCAUGUACUGA